AUGGCAUCAAAUAAUAUUUAUCAUGAAGAUCAUAUUGAUAAUUCAGAAGAUAAUGAUAAUGAUGAAACAGAACAAAUUGAUGAUCAAAUAACUGUUACAACAAAAAAGAAACGAAAGAAAAAGAAGAAAAAUAAAGUUCAAACAGUUAUAAAUGAUGAAAAUAUAGAAAAUGAUAUAAUUAUAAAUGGAACAGAAGCUAUUGCUACUUUGUCCAUUUCACAAGAUGAUGAUGAAAAAGAAGAUGAAAACGUUGAAGUUGACGAAACAAAAACAACAACUAAAAAGAAAAAUAGAAAAAAGAAAAAAGCCACAACAUUUGUUACUAAUAAUAGUUCUACAUCAAUAUCACGUCUUCAACAAACAAAUCCACCAUCAAUACCUAUUUGUGAUUUAUAUCCAGAUGGAAAUUAUCCUGAAGGACAAAUUCUUGAACAUCCAAUACCAAAAAUUCCACCAACAGAUAGAUCACUUGCAAUUAAUCGUAUGACAAAUGAAGAAAAACGUAUGCUUGAUAUGGCUCAAACAGAAAUCUAUCGAGAAUUACGACAAGCUGCUGAAUGUCAUAGACAAACUCGAAAAUGGGUUAUGAGUUGGAUUGAACCUGGCAUGAAAAUGAUUGAUAUUUGUGAACGAUUAGAAAAUAUGAAUCGAACAUUAAUUAAAGAAAACGGUCUUGAAGCUGGUUUAGCUUUUCCAACAGGCUGUUCAUUAAAUAAUUGUGCUGCUCAUUAUACACCUAACAAUGGUGAUAAUACUAUUCUUCAGCAUGAUGACGUAUGUAAAAUUGAUUUUGGUACACAUAUUAAUGGACGAAUUAUUGAUUGUGCAUGGACAUUAGCAUUUAAUCCGAAAUAUGAUGAAUUACUUAAAGCUGUUCGAGAAGCAACAAAUACUGGAAUACAAACUGCAGGUAUUGAUGUUCGUUUAUGUGAUAUUGGUGAAGCAAUUCAAGAAGUAAUGGAAAGUCAUGAAAUUGAACUUGAUGGAAAACUCUAUCCUAUUAAAUCUAUUCGCAAUCUUCAAGGUCAUCUUAUUGGACAAUAUCAUAUUCAUGCCGGUAAAUCAAUACCUAUAGUUAAAGGAGGUGAAGCAAUUCGUAUGCAGGAAGGUGAAAUAUAUGCAAUUGAAACAUUCGGUAGUACAGGUAAAGGUUUAGUUCAUGAUGAUAUGGAAGUAUCACAUUAUAUGAAAAAUUUUGAUGUGGAACAAGCUUCAGUUCGAAAUACUAAAUCUAAACAAUUAUAUAAUACAAUAACAAAAAAUUUUGGUACAUUAGCUUUUUGUCGUCGAUGGUUAGAUCGUUUAGGAGAAAGUAAAUAUUUAUUGGCUUUGAAAAGUCUUGUGGAUGCCAAUGUUGUUAAUCCUUAUCCACCAUUAUGCGAUAUAAAAGGUUGUUAUACAGCACAAUUUGAACAUACAAUAAUAUUACGACCAACAUGUAAAGAAGUUGUCAGUCGUGGUGAUGAUUACUAG